CAAAGAAAAAUAUCUUAAAGUUGAGGAAUAUGGUGUUGGUGGGUAUGUCUCACCUAGCAUCCAUAACUUUGUCAGAAAUUGUCAUGUGGAUCCUCUCGUAAGAAAUAAAUAAAUUGCAAGACAUGUGAGCCAAUUUGCCACUUUUAAUAAAACUAAUUCGAAGAAAAAUAUAAAAAUAUACCUUUAUGGAAAAUAUCAUUAUGCAUGUGGUUGAAACAAUACCGCUAUGGAUAUUAUCUCCAAUCAAAUAAAAGAACAAGAUGAAGUCUUCUUAUAUCUCACCUUUGCCCAGCCAAAGAUGAUGGCGAUCUAAGUUGGGUUGAGAACCAUGAAUCCAUAUAUUCUGUUAUAACUCCUAACACUACUGUGUAUUAAUGAGGAUGUAUCAUGUAUGUGCACAAUCGAGCUAGCUACCUAUAAGAGCACUACAUAUUUGUAUCCCACGAUUAGAUACUAACUGAGUUGAAUGAACCAAAAGUGUUGUGAAAGAUUAAUUUGAGGUAAGUUACAAAAAGAAAAGAUUAAUUUGAGAUGUGACAUCACUAAAUCAAAAUUAAAAAAAAAAGAUGUGUUCUCGAUGAUUGAUUUCAAAGAGUUAUUUGAAGUUUCUUAUUUUAUAUACGUUUUAUAUGAAAUCAUUUUUAUGUAUUAAAAUUUAUAUGUUUUAAAUUUAGUAAUUGUUUCAUUUUUAUUAUAUGUCUUUUAGUAAAAUAUAAAUAAAAGUAAACUAUAAUUAUAAAGUUAGCUAAAAAUCAUUUAAAAAAGAAAUUAAAUUAUUUUUGAAUAAUGGCAAAUAGAUAUAAUUAUUUUAAUUCAUUAAUGGUUUUUAUGUAAUUAAAAAUUCUGAAAUUUAAUGAGAGUGAGCCACAUAAAAUACUGAAUUCUCAAAUAAUAUAUAGAGAUAUAUAUUUAAAAAUAUAUUAAAAUUAAUUAGAUUACUGUGAGAUCUUUUUCUUAAUCAUCUUUUAUUUUGAAAAAAUAUAAUUUAGGUAAAUGUUUUUUAGUAGGUAAAAAUUUUUUAGUAGUGUUCAAAGUAUGAAAUUUAACUUACUAAAUUAUCUACUCAUCUAAGUCGUUCUUAUCUUGACAGAGUAACUUUUAAAACUAAUAAACAUAAAAUGAAGUGAGAAUAUUUGAGGAUCUAAGUGUUUCAAAAAAUAAUGAAGUGAGAAUAUUUGUUCCUUAUAUUGUCUUUUUAAUUUAGAUAUGCAGUUUAUGGCCAGAUUUCUUACUUCAUUUGGCUAAAGUGCUUACUAAAAUUAGAUUUUUUUUAUUAUUGCAUGUUACCUUUUGAUUCACUGAAUCUUGGGAAAAAAAGAUUCUUAUUUGUUGUAUAAAUUUGGGUCUACCUCUAUUUUUACAAAUGGGUUUUGGACUCUUAUUUUUCUUAUUGUUUUGUAUGAUCUGAUACUAUAGAGUUAGUUUCUGGGACGGCGGUGCUCUGAUCACAAAAACUCUUACAUUUCAAGGUGAUAUCAUUUGAUUGGAUUCUGCCAAAAUGGAUAAUAACUGGAAUUUUAAAACCUUGGGGACUGGUCCGCGGGGAGCGAUGAGCAGACUACCGGUUAGUGCUCCUUUGAGCCAACAAGGAUCACUAUACUCAAGGACACUAGACCAGAUUCAAAACAACUUAGGGAAAGAUUAUGGGUCAAUGAACAUGGAAGAGUUUCUUAUGAGUAUAUAUAAUGCUGAAGGAACACAAGGCAUAGUUCCAACUAACGGUGUGAACGAGGGGUUACAUAGGCAGGGGUCAAUAACUCUGCCUAGAAUACUUAGCCAAAAAACUGUUGAUGAAGUUUGGAAAUAUAUCACAGAGGAAGAACACACCCAUAAUGAUGGAGGAAGAACAAAUAUUCCUCAGAUUCAGAAGCAGCCAACUUUAGCAGAUAUCACUCUGGAAGAUUUUUUAACCCUUGCUGGGGCCAUUCUUGACCCAUCAUCGAUUUCGGGUUUUCCAAACACAAGUUUGAAUGUGGAGUUUCAGCAGAAACCAAUGGUUUCUGAUGUGUUGGGCAAUAUUAAUACUGUUCCAAUUAAUAGAGUUCAUGGUUCUUAUUUGCAUCCAAAUGUGAAUGGGUCUACCUCGGCAUAUAAACCGCGACAAGAACAACAACAACAACAUAACCCGUUUCAACCGCAACAACCUAACAUGUCGAAACCACAUGGUUAUGGUUAUGGAACACAAGUCGCAUUUACGAGUGGUCAGGUUAAUGCUCAUGGUAUAAGAGAUAGUUACAUGGAAAGUGGAGACCAAAGUCACCAAGAAAAUAACGUAACUUUGGUCCAAAGCGUUGCACCAGUUCCUGGUGGAGCCAUGAGUGUAGAAGUAUGUUCUCAAAUUACGCCAUUUCCAGUAUUAGAUGGGAUGCCGAAGAUUAAUGCUGGUUCAUCAAUAGUGUCACCAUUUCCAUUCACCACUACUGUAAGUAAUAGCGUGAGGGAUAGGAACAGGAACAAUGGCAUUGCCGCGGAGAAGAAACUAGUGGAGAAAACGUACAGGAGAAAGAUAAAGAACCGUGAAUCAGCAGCACGAUCACGAGCUCGAAAGAUGCUUCAAACUAUGGAGCUUGAAGCUGAAGCUGAAAAGUUAAGGAAAGAGAAUCAUGAGCUACUAAAAAAGCAGGCAAAAAUUAUGUCGGAAAUGCAAACCGAACUGGGGAAAGAGAUAACUAACGGAUCCACGAAACGGCUGAGGAGAACGAAAUCGAACAUCCAGUGAUCAGUGGUAGGGUUGGAGGAUUAUAAAUUGCUGUGUUCUUCAUAUUAUGUUUCUGCUUAUUUAUGACCAAAUUAGCUGCUAUUUAUUAGUCGCUGUGACAUUGUUUUUUUGGGUACCGUUUGACGAUCAUAUGAUUGUCAUGGUUUAAGGAUCUAUAAAAAAUCUACUAUUUGCCAGAGACAAAUAAUAAUUAGCGACAUUGCUUUA